ACCUGGAUGAUAUCCCCUGCUUAUUUAUUGUGUUAUUCUCAGUUUGACGACAGAGCAACAGGCAUUUAAUUCGAUUAUCUACAAGUCAGUUAUUAUUGUUUGAACAACAGGGAUCGAAACUAUAUCCACUACUAUGUCCAAGACGAUCUUUAUUACUGGGGCUACGGGCUACGUCGGUCGGGUUAUUGCCGAGUAUGCGCUCAAGGAGGGCUACGUUGUGCGUGCGCUUUCUCGCGGUGUGGCUGGUGAUGAGUUCCUCACGGCGCAGGGGGCUGUUCCUGUUCGAGGAUCGCUGGAGACGUUUGAUGUUUUGAGCGCCGAGGCUCGCAACGCGGAUGUUGUGUUUCAUUUGGCGUUUGUUCAUGACUUCACCAGGCCGUUGAAGGAGUUGGUUCCGAUUGAUAUCAAGGCUGUGGAUGCCAUGGCCGGGGCGAUGGUGGGCACGAACAAGGCCCUGGUUGUGACGAGUGGAACAGGUUUCAUUCAGGCGGACCCCGAGGGGAAGGAGACCGAUGAGGAGUCGCCUGCUGCGCCGGAUGGACAUUUCACGGUGCGGGUGGAGGCGGAGAAGAAGGCGCUGGCCUGGGCGGAGAAGGGAGUCAGGGUGUCGGUUAUUCGGCUGCCGCAGUAUGUGUAUGGACGAGGGGAUCGGUUUUGGUUUGCCGCGAGGUGGAUUAAGGUGGCGGUGGAGAAUGGGGUGGCUGGGUAUCUUGGGGAUGGCGAGCAUCGGUUUUCCGAGGUGCAUGUGGAUGAUGCGGCCAGGUUGUAUCUGCUUGCUGCGGAGAGGGCGGAUGCUGGGGAGGUAUUCAAUGGUGUUGCGGGGACGGAGACGUCGUAUCGACAGCUUGCGGAGGUUAUUGGGGAGGUGGUGGGCGUGCCGGUGAGGGGGUUUGAGAGGGAAGAGGUGAUGGAGAAAUGGGAACCGUUUUUGGUGGCAUUUGCUAGCAAGUCGAAUAGGCCUUCCGGGGCAAAGGCGAAGGCGAAGCUGGGGUGGGUGGUGGAGAGGCCCAAUUUGUUGAGUGAGAUUAGGGAGGGCAGUUAUAGGGAGUUGGUGGAGGUGUUCAAGGAGUAGGAGAGAAUCAGUUCAUAGGUGUGUCCGGUGGAGCGAGUUGAUAUGAUAGUCUAGAGAAUUGGGAUGUUAAUGGAAUUUCCUGAAUG